GAAUGUAGCAUCACAUGAUUCUUAGAUCUUUGUAAUGAUUAUUAAAAGACCUAGAUACUCCUACACCAAUAGUCAACUUGAUUCCAAAAGUAGAUCUAUAUACGACUGAAAUGGCAGAAGGACCCUCCCCGAAUGACUCGGACGACUCAAUAAUAGAACAGGGUGCAAUUCAGCAAUUACUAAGUGCAGAUAGAAUUCCACCUGAAUUAAAAAAUGUUGACCCAUCAAAAAUCAAACAUUUGUAUGACAACUGCCGAGACAUUCAUAUUGUCAUGACUGGAGUAACAGGAUCAGGGAAAUCAUCGCUUGCCAAUGCACUUCUUGGAAAUUCGAGUGAAACCUCGGAUAUGUUUGUGGAGGGAAGUGAUCUUGAUCCCUGUACACAAGAGGUUACUGGCAAGAAAUCAAGACGGAAUCACAAGAUAAAGCUGACUGUGUGGGAUUCACCAGGACUCAAAGAUGGCACUAGUAAGAAACAUCAGAAACAAUAUCUAAAAGAGGUAGCUGGUGUUAUGAGGGUGUAUGGGUACGAUUUAAGUAUUCACUGCAUCAAAGCAGAUACUCGAUUUGUUGAUGGUGAAGACAACGGGCCUGUACAAGCAAUGAAAAUAUUGACAAAGAAAUACGGUAGCGAGUUCUGGAAAAAGACAGUAAUUGUUCUCACUUUUGCGGAUGUCAUCGAAUUGAUUAACCCAGAAUGGAAAAGGCUUAGAGAAGAAGAAAAGAUUGUUGAGUUUCACAAACAAGUUUUGAAAUACGACUAUCAAAUCAGAAAAAAUUUGGAGGAAUGUGCAAAAGUUAAAAAAGAGAUUGUGAAUCAAAUCCGAAUAGUUCCUGCUGGUCACUAUUCAGAUCCAAAACUUCUCGAUCGAAGCUACUGGCUCUCUACCCUUUGGUUUCAAUGUCUUGAUACCAUUCCAACUUUAGACGGUAAAGCUUCUCUCAUGCGUUAUCAUCAAGAUAGAUUUGUUGAAGAAAAAGAUUCCCCUGAAAAGUGCAGCAUUAAAUUAGAUGUUCCCUUUGUUCCUCGAGAUUUUCUGGAGUUUAAACAAAAGUGUGCAAGAAUUGGAGCAGGAAUAGGCUACUGGAAAGGUAGUACAUGGGGUGAAAAAGAGUUCAUUGCUGAACACUGUCGCAUUGAAAGACAGUGUGAGUCACAGUGUUAAAUUAUAUACAAUUUUACUUUAUUUUGUACUGGGCGUAAUUAUACUUUUAUUGUUACGGAAAUGGAAUUCUGGGUGUAUAUAAAUUAUGUAUUAUUUGUAACGUCUUCCUAUUAUCAUAAUUAUACAUGUAUUUUUGAC